GCGCUUAUGCAUUCUGCCCGGACGGAUGAGAGGGGUGGCGAAACGGAAGCGCCUUAGGAUCCGGACAGGGAGAGCUUUGCUUGCCUCCUCGUUGCUUUGGGAGCAAUGUGGCGAAGGAGCGUUGUCGUCCCUGGGAGCUUCUGUGCUGGUCUUCGCCUGGGCGCCCAGGGGAGGCGCGUCGUGGCUCAGGACAGGUACCGCAGAAAGGCAUGCAAGUACUUGGGCACCAGCUCUGUCUUUUGUACCAAGGAAGAUGACGGAGUCCCUCCAGUCAACAUCACUGAUGCAGAAACCUCACAAAACCGGGAGAAGAAAAUGCAAGUAUCUACAAAGAAGAACUUGCUAAAUAUCAUUAGUAAAAUGAAAGUAGAAAUAAGUACAAAGAAGAAGUUUCAGGUAUUGAAAGCCCAGAAGAAUAAACAAGAAUCAGACAAGGAUCAAACAAGGGUCUUGUCAGGAAAUAUGGAGAGUGCAAGUAGGAUGUUCCAGAAAGCUACAGAAGACAAAGCUGAGAGCAAAAUGCUCAGUCCAGAGCUGGUCGCAGCAGCCUCUGCCGUUGCAUCGUCCCUCCCUUUUGACAGGAAAAGGACAGUUUCAGAGUUGGUUCAACUACUGAAAAAGCACAAGGAAGCGACUGAUGCACGUAAAAGUGGAGAAGCCACUGACAUAAGUAACAUCGUUGUAGACAUGAAGAUUAAGAGAGGGGCUCCAACAAAGAAUGCCUUUAGACCAUCCAGUCAAAUUCAGUUUGAUGAUGAUGGACGAGGUUAUAUGCUUGAAAGACCUGUUCCUCGUCAAUACGAUAGAAUGAAAAGACAAAAUCUGUUUUCAGGAAAAAGGCUUAAUAUUUUUACUCCUGCUUCUGAAACGGAACACGCACUUGAAACAGUGACACCACCAACAUUUUGGGACCUGGAGCUUGCUAAAGAAAUUGAAGCUGCCCGUCAGCAAGAACCUCAGAAUGGCUUUGAGGAGAUGAUACAGUGGACAAAAGAGGGGAAACUGUGGGAGUUUCCAAUUAACAAUGAAGCCGGACUUGAAGAUGAUGCAGAAUUUUAUGAGCAUAUAUUUCUGGAUAAAUACUUGGAAGACUUUCCUAAAGAAGAAUCGAUUCGCCAUUUUAUGGAACUUGUGACUUGUGGACUUUCCAAAAAUCCAUACUUAAGCGUUAAAGAAAAGGUGGAACAUAUUGAAUGGUUCCGGAAUUAUUUUAAGGAAAAGGAAGAGUUUCUUAAGGAAAUUGAAGCACAUCAGAAGGAAACCUUGAUUCAAAUGGAGAAUCAAUCAAAGUGAAAACUUUUCAAAAGAAGAAAAUGCAUUUAUAUACAACCUAAUCUGUAAAAGAGAUGACUUUAUCAAAAAAUAUUUUUAGAACUGUUGGUCACGUUUGUCAUUUUAGGAGAAGAUAGUGGUCUGCAGUUCAUCAGUACCAAAAACUUGCAAACAUGUUGUCAUUCUUUUUGCAGAUUGUCCAAAUCAAAGUUUCUGCUGUCCUCCUCUGCUUACCCCAUUUAACUCAGUUUUAAUAUUCUUAAGAUAAUAGUUCCUAUUCUUUUGAAGAUGAAAUGAACUCAAGGAAGAGAAGGGAUUUUGGUCCUAUGAAUCUCAUUCAUAGUCUGUCAGAGCUUGGCUGUUCAUCACAAUGGUUUCCUCAUGAAGAUGCAUUUUCCCCCUUACUUUUUGAUGCAAUUUACUUGGAAGUAGAUCAUAGGAAAGGUCCAGCUUGUGUUCAGAUUGUAAACGUGACUGAGGUUUGAUAAAAUGUCUUGCAAUAAGGUAAUAACGGCAUGUGGAUGUUCGAAGACACAAAGAACUCCCCUCCUCUUGGUUUCAGAAACUCUAGUAGCACUGCUUCUAUUUUGGAUUCAGCUUUUGGCUUAAAUAUCCUCAGCCAAAUUAACCAUCCUUGCCAAAGCCUGCUUCCAAUUGAAACUUGGUCUCCAGGAUCUGAUGAAAAUAAAAAAACAGAGCUAGCAAUCUCAUUCAGCUAUCUAUACAAACUAAAUAGUAAUAGGAUAGAAUUGAAUCCUGAAGGAAUGUCAUAGAAUCUCCUGCCCCUAUUUUUCAUUUUCUGGAAAUAUCCAGAUAACUUCUGAACUAACAGCACAGCUUCAUUUAUUUUGGCUACAUUUUGUUGUUGAUUGAUUAAUAAACAUUUCUGAGGUUUUGAAAGCU